GGCGGCAGUUUUCGACCAAUGGGAAGCAGACAUGAGCGGGCUUGGACUCUGACUCCGCCUCCUGGCCGUUUCUGCAGCGCGAGCUCUCUCCAGUUAAGCGCGAGCGGUAAAACCCGUUCAGAUCAUCAAUAAACUUUCUCUAAUUAAUGCUUUAGCGUUUAAUAUCGCAUAACUCAUCGCGUAGAUUUUAAAUAAUCACACCAGCUCGGUACUGAGGCGGGAAGUUGUGGAUCUGAGGACAUUUUUCAGCCCAGAAACACAGAAGAAUCUCUGACAGGAUAAAGUGGAUUUGUGAGAAACUUUCCCGCCUAAAAUGCUGCUCUUUAAAAGCUGGAGAAACGGUACAGGAUUAAAUAAUCUGGGAUAAAGUUAGUUCCUCUGCAGUUCUACACUCAUACAGUAUAUUUUAGCUGUAUCUGUGUCUCAGUCCGGCAGGUGGAGUACCUGAUGUUAGCUCUGGAGCUUCAGGGCUUUAGCUGAGCUAGUAGCUUGUUAGCUUGUGGUUGGGGAGCUUUAGCUUAGCUAGUAGCUUGUUAGCUUUGUUCAACAUGUUGGAAGAGAGAACAGAACUGCAGUUAGGUUAAAUGUAGGAGAAAGAGAAACCCACAGUUCAGAGUCGCAAAGAGAGAGAGAGAGGGGCAGCUCUUAUUUACAUUUUCCACACAUUUUGUCAUAGAAAUAAGUUUAAUUUCAAGUGCAGCCCAUGCUGGGGAGGGUUUGGCAAAGUGAUAUUUAGGUAUAUAGAAUUUUGUUAUAUUUAGGAUAUUUAUUAAGAAUUAAUGCUAUUUUCUUAUAUUACAGGGGCUUGUGAAAGUAUUAAUACCCCAUGAAGAUGUUCACAUUUUCUCACCAUAAAACCACAAACCUAAAUUUAUUUGUUUGAGAUUUUAAGUGAUAGACCAGUAGAAAGUAGCACAUACAUGUGACAUGUGACGAAAAUAAUACAUUGUUUUCAAAAUUUGAAUAACAUAAAAACCUAUAUCAAUAUUUUGUAGAGCCACCUUUAGCUGCAACUAAGUCACAGGUGCAAGUCUUCUUGAGUAUGUCUAUACCAGCUUUUCUUUAAACACAGCAAAGAAGUGGUGUAAUAAAAUUGUGUUUUUCUUUCUGAGCUGCAGCCAUAAAGUUACUCACUGUAGGAGAUUCAGAUUAAAAUUAAAAUGCUGUAAAUUUAUUUCAUACUCUUUAUAAUGUGUGAUGUUCACUCAGAAUAGAUGGUCACUCAGAUUAAUGUAGAUUAAAACCUUUCUCAGGACCGUCAGUGGUGAAGGCAUCCGGAUUGGUAUCAGUAAUGCUGGGGUUUGCAGCACAGAGAGUUUGAGACCCUGAAGAGCAGAAGGGGAAAAAACUGUAUAUAGAGUCCAAAUCAUGAGCUGAAAGACCUAAGUGUGUUCCUGCUCAAACACACUUUAUUACACUCAUCAGCUCAGUAUCAAAACCUUCAAUAGUGCUAAAUCAGGAGUGUUAGAGUAGAGGAAACCCUCCACUGAAGAACACACGCUUUAGAGCUCAGAGCAGAAUAUAGAGUUUACUGAUAUGAUCUCCAUAUGAGUGACUAUUAUUUACAUUAAACAUCAACCGUCAGAGACACUCCAGUUUCCAGUGUUUCCAGUUUUUCAUGAGGUCAAACUGUACAUCCUUGACAUUUCUACUAAACAUGUCUUUAGUCAUGCAGUAAGGGAGUGCUGUGAUUGGUCAGACAGCACAUCGCUCCUCCCUUUUCAAAAGUACCUUUCAGCAGAUACUGCUGUAGAACUAAACCAGUUCAUCAAGUAACAUCCUCAGUGGUGUUGUUGGAGAGAGGAUCAAAAGCUAUUUUUGGAGCAAAUGUCAUAAAAGUAUCGGGUGUAAUCUGAAGGAGGAAGAUGAGCUCCAAAAUGAGUGUCUCUUGGGAACAGGACACACAGGAAGCUGAGAGACUGUUUCAGGGUAAGAGAUCUGACUCACCUGAACCCAGCUGUGUGUUCAGAGAGGAGACCAGAUCUACUGAUCUCAGUGAGAUUCAGAGAGAGAGAGCAGACCGUCCUGAACCCAGCUGUGUGUCCAUGAAGAGUGACAAGUCGAUGGACUCUCCAUUUAACUUCAGAAAGGAGGACUGCUCUCCUGAACCCAGCUGUGUGUCCAUGAAGAGUCACCAGUCGAUGGACAUUCCAUUAAACUUCAGAAAGGAGGACUGUUCUCCUGAACCCAGCUGUGUGUUCAGAGAGGAGACCAGAUCUACUGAUCUCAGUGAGAUUCAAAAAGAGAGAGCAGACUCUCCUGAACCCAGCUGUGUGUCCAUGAAGAGUGAAGCGUCAAUGGACCGUCCACUAACCCUCAGAAAGGAGGACUGUUCUCCUGAACUGAGAGUCCAGCAGGUGGUAUCAGACAGCAGCAGAAGAACUAUGGAGGUCAUAUUCAAGGAGAUGGAGCAGAAAGUCAUCUCUCUGGUAAAGAAGCAGCUGAAGAGGUUUGAGAAGAUCCUGGAGAGUCUGGAUUACCCAGCAUGCUCUGGGAGAGAGGAGGAAGAUAAGAAGGAUCAGAGUGGUGUCAGAGAGGGAGCACUGAAGAUCACACUGCACGUCCUGAGGAACAUGAACCAGACAGACCUCGCUAACACACUGCAGACCAAACUGGCUUCAUCAUGUAAUCAAAGCCUGAAGUCUACUCUGAAAGAAACAUUUCUGAAAAUCAAUGAAGGAAUCUCAGAUCCUGGAACCUCCACCCUUCUGAAUGAGAUCUACACAGAGCUGUACAUCACAGAGGGAGGGAGUGGAGAGGUCAAUAAUGAACAUGAGGUCAGACAGAUUGAAGCAGCAUCCAGGAGACCAGCAACACAGGAGACACCCAUCAAAUGUAACGACCUCUUUAAAGACCCGUCCAUCAGAACUGUGCUGACUAAAGGAGUUGCUGGAAUUGGAAAAACAGUCUCUGUGCAGAAGUUCAUUCUGGACUGGGCUGAAGGAAAAGCCAAUCAGGAUGUUCUCUUCAUAUUUCCACUUCCUUUUAGAGAGCUGAAUCUGAUGAAAACUAAAUCACUCAGUCUGGUGGAACUUCUUUAUAUUUUUUUCAAAGAUGCAAAAGAAUUAAAACCAGGAGACUAUCAUCACUACAAAAUCAUGUUCAUCUUUGAUGGUCUGGAUGAAUGUCGACUUCCUCUAAAUUUCCAGAACAAUGAGAGCGUAUCUGAUGUAACACAGUCGGCCUCAGUGGAUGUUCUGCUGACAAACCUCAUUCAGGGGAACCUGCUUCCCUCUGCUCUCCUAUGGAUAACUACUCGACCAGCAGCAGCCAGUCAGAUUCCUCCUGACUUUAUUGAUCAGGUAACAGAGGUACGAGGGUUCAGUGACCCUCAGAAAGAGGAAUACUUCAGGAAAAGGAUCAGAGAUCAGAGCCUUGCUGAAAGAAUCAUUACACACAUGAAGUCCUCCAGAAGCCUCUUCAUCAUGUGCCACAUCCCAGUCUUCUGCUGGAUCUCAGCCACUGUUCUAGAGAGGAUGUUGGGUGAAGCAGAGGGAGGAGAGAUCCCCAAGACUCUGACUCAAAUGUUCACACACUUCCUUAUCUUUCAGAUCAAACAUCGCAGCCAGAAGUACCACAGAGAAAGUGACAUUGAUCUUAAACAGACUAGAGAGAUUAUUCUGGCUCUGGGAAAACUGGCUUUCCAACAGCUGGAGAAAGGAAACCUGAUCUUCUAUGAGGAAGAUCUGACAGAGUGCGGCAUUGAUGUCGGAGAAGUGACCGUGUACUCAGGAGUGUGCACCCAGAUCUUCAGACAGGAGUUUGGGCUGCACCUGGGGAAGGUUUUCAGCUUUGUGCAUCUGAGUGUUCAGGAGUUUCUGGCUGCUUUAUAUGCAUUUCUGUCCUUCAUCUCCAACAAUAGAAAUGUGCUGCAGCAGAAACACAGUGGAUUAUUUAGUCUCUUUAAAAAGGAAACAGUGUCUGACUUCCUGAAGAGAGCCGUGAACAAGGCUGUACGGAGUGAGAACGGACACCUGGACCUUUUUCUCCGCUUCCUUCUGGGUCUCUCGCUGGAGUCCAAUCAGACUCUCUUACGAGGCCUUCUGACCCAGACAGAGAACAUCUCUCACAGCAAAGAGAAAGUAGUGGAGCACAUCAAGCAGAAGAUCAGGGAGAAUCCCUCUCCAGAGAAAACUAUCAGUCUGUUCCACUGUCUGAAUGAACUGAAUGAUCAUUCUCUAGUGCAGGAAGUCCAAACAUACCUGAACAAAGGAGGUUCCAGGGGUCUCAGUGGAGUUAAGCUCUCUCCUGCUCAGUGGUCAGCUGUUUCAUUUGUGAUGCUGAAUUCAGAAGAGGAGCUGGAUGAGUUUGACCUGAGUAGUUAUGGCAGGUCAGAGAAAUGUCUUUUGAGGUUGAUGCCAGUGGUCAAAGCAUCCAGAAGAGCUGAGCUGGUUGAGUGUAAUCUAUCAGAGAAAAGCUGUGCAGCUCUGGCCACAGCUCUCAGCUCAAACUCCUCAACUCUAAGAGAUCUGAACCUGAGCAAAAAUAAACUGCAGGAUUCAGGAGUGAAGCUGCUCUCUGCUGGACUGGAGAAUCCACACUGUAAACUGGAGACACUGGAGCUGGUUGAGUGUAAUCUAUCAGAGGAAAGCUGUGCAGUUCUGGCCUCAGCUCUCAGCUCAAACUCCUCAACUUUGAGAGAAGUGGACCUGAGUGAAAAUAAACUGCAGGACUCAGGAGUGAAGCUGCUCUCUGCUGGACUGGAAAAUCCAAACUGUAAACUGGAGAAACUGUGGUUGUGGGAUUGUAAUCUAUCAGAGAAAAGCUGUGCAGCUCUGGCCUCAGCUCUCAUCUCAAACUCAACUCUGAGAGAACUGAUCCUGAGUUAUAAUAAACUGCAGGAUUCAGGAGUGAAGCUGCUCUCUGCUGGACUGAAGAAUCCACACUGUAAACUGGAGAAACUGCAGCUGGCUGGGUGUAAUCUGUCAGAGGAAAGCUGUGCAGCUCUGGCCUCAGCUCUCAGCUCAAACUCCUCAACUCUGAGAGAUCUGAACCUGAGUAAUAAUGAACUGCAGGAUUCAGGAGUGAAGCUGCUCUCUGCUGGACUGAAGAAUCCACACUAUAAACUGGAGAAACUGAAGUUGAAUAACUGCAGUAUUACAAAAGAAGGCUGUGCUGCUUUAGCUUCAGCUCUGAAAUCAAACCCCUCACACCUGAGAGAGCUGGAUCUGAGUUACAAUAAUCCAGGAGAGUCAGGAAAGAAGCUGCUCUCUGAUCUACAGAAGGAUCCACACUUUAAACUGGAGAAACUACGCAUCUGACCACAGGACUGUCCUGCUCUUAUCGACCACUAGAGGCACUCUAACAGUAACUCCUGUGCAUCUUCCUGUUCCCUAACAGUCAUCAGUAUGAAGUUUCAGGGGCUAUUAAACUGCUUUUAUCAUAUUUAUCACAGUUAAACAGCCAGUUCACACCAUGUCAGCAUUUCUUCAUCAGCACUUCAUUCAGAACUUCUGUGCCGUUAGUGGAUGUUUGUCUUUUUACACUAAACCAAAUGACUGAAGUAAAGCAAGUUAGUUUUAUAUUGUCCACAAAGAAAACCUACAGAGUUACUGAGAGUUUAUUCAGUUUAUUCAGGGCAAAUCUGUCCUUUAAUUAUAAGAUACAAGAAAUUAAAGAAGAA